AGCGGAAGUAAAAGCGAAAUCCCCAAGCGAUGUAAUUUACCCAAAGCUUUCCUGCUCUGUAAAAUAAAACUCCACGCUUUGGACAAACAUAUUAAUCUUAGCCUACCAGCCCUGUCGUCAAUCAAACGAAUCAUGUCGAAGCAGACUCUGGGGAAGACCUUGUUAAGAAAUGUAAUCCGCCACACCGAUGCACACAACAAGAUCCAGGAGGAGACAGAGAUGUGGAAGAUGCGAGACCUGGAAGUCAAUCAUGUGAGCGCUACAAACACAAUCAGGGGUCACAUGCACUGUGACAGAGUGUCGUAUCAGUCCAGAGUCUCCUCAGAUCAUGAUGACAGAGAGGCACGAUACUGGUCACGGAAGCUCUAUGAGUUUGAGGACAACGAUCCAGACAGAUGGGGACACAGUGGCUUCAAGGAGCUUUAUCCUGAGGAGUUUGAGAGUGACAGUGACAAAAGCAGCACAACAAAGAAGAGUGGGCACCACAGAAGCAAAGCAUCCAAGUCAAAACACUCCAAAAGGUCCUCCCAUAAGAAGAAGAAAAAGAGGAAGAAAGAGACAGAGGAGGGAAAGCGCAGAAAGUCUGAGUGGUCGUACUGCGAUCGCAGCAGUGACGACAGCAAUGCGGACAAAGACAAGCCGAGGGAAACGAAAAGUCGACACAAUAAGAAAAGCGACAAAUUGAAAGAGAGGAGGGACGAGGACGAUGAUGAUGAGGGGCGGGGCCGCAGGACGCACGGUCGCAAAAGGAAAAAUGAGGACUCUAAAGACUCGGACAAGAAGCGGAGGAAAGACUGGCGAGCAGCGGGCGAGGAGAGCUCAGAGGAAAGUUCUGGAGAGUGAGGCGCAUAAGUGCUGCCUGCAGGAAAUAUUCUCACCUCAGGUCUUUUUAAACAACCUGUUUUUUUAAUUGUCUUUUAACAUUACAAUACCAUCAUUGGUGGACAAAAUAAACUCUUUGCUUUUUUUAAGAAAUGUGUGCAUGUAGAGUUUAAAUUAUCCAUAGGUGUGAAUGUGAAUGAAUGCUGUCUAUAUGUGUCCUGUGAUUGGUGAUCCUCCUGGUGACCAGUGAAACUGACCUGCAAAGAUGUGGGCUGCAAGUGAAUACGUACACACCAUCUCACUGCCAACAGAGUAUAUUAAACUCCCAUUUGCAAAGUA